AGAGAGAGAGAAAGCACGUGACAUAAUGCAAAAGUCUUCUUCUUCGUUCAAUUGUAAAUGACCUAACCCCAAUACAGGCCUAAUAACCCUCCUCUCUCUUACCGGAGAGAGGUGUGUGUAACGUUACUCACCUUCUUCUUCUUCUUCUUCUCUUUUCACCCAACUCACCCUUCCAAUUUACCCUUUUUGCCAUUCACUUCCAUAGCUUCUCUCCCUCUCUCACUUUUUUUAUUCAAAGAAAGCCGUGGGAAAAAAAAGUGGUCGUUGAGGAUUUGGAUUUGGAUUUGUUUUUUUUUUUUGGUUGCUGUGAUGAUGCCUGUGGUGGAGGCGAGUUAGUUUUAGGGUUUUGUUGUUGUUGUUGUUUUGUUCUGUUUGUCUGAGCUGAGAAUUUUAGGGUUUUGGAGGCUGGGUUUGUAAAUAUGGAGAGAUCUAAUAGCAAAGAUCUCUGUCACUUCGUUGAUAAUUCUUCGAGUAGUGCACUCUUUGAUGCGUCGCAAUACGAAUUUUUUGGUCAUAAUGUUGUUGACGAAGUUGAGCUGGGGGGUUUGGAGGUAGAAAAGGAUGACAACGCUUUUUUAAAAUCUGCUAAUAAUGAGUACCAUUUGUUCGAGAGAGAAGAGAGUCCAGGGUUGGGAUCGUUACCUGAUGUGGAUGAUCUGGCAAGUACUUUCGCAAAGUUGAACAAAGUUGUAACGGGACCAAGGCACCCAGGAGUUAUUGGUGACAGAGGUUCUGGUUCCUUUUCACGCGAAAGUUCAUCUGCUACUGAUUGGGUGCAAGAUGGAGAUUUCAAUAAUUGGUUUGAUCAGCAGAUGUUUGAUAUAGAAAGUGCAGAAGAAGGGAAGAGAUGGUCGUCACAGCCCCAAUCUUCUCUUCGUUUUGGAGAAUCAAAACCUUUGUAUAGAACAUCCUCUUACCCUCAGCAACCCUUGCAGCAUCAAUUCUCCAGCGAACCAAUUAUAGUACCUAAAUCAGUGUAUACCUCUUUCCCUCCCCCUGGAAGCAAGUCUCAGCAAGCUUCACCACACCACCCAAAUCAUUCAUCCCUUCCCGGUGCAUCCCAAAUGCCUUUCUCUACACCAAGCCUGUCUCACAUAUCUAAUCCUAAUCUCCAUUUGGCUGGUUUGCCUCAUGGGCUACAUUAUGGAGGGAACAUGUCUCAAUUUACCAGUCCUGGCCUUUCUUUUAAUAGCAGGCCUCAAAAUCAUUGGGUCAGCCAUGCUGGAAUAUUGCACGGGGAUGACUCCAGUCUUUUAAACAAUAUAUUGCAACAACAGCUGUCUCAUCCAAAUGGGCUUUUGUCCCCACAAUUGCUGUCCCCACAGCAGCUGCAACAGCAGAGACUGCAUCAUUCAGUUCAACCAUCCUUGGCCCAUUUUGCAGCACUGCAAUCCCAAAUUUAUAAUACUCAUCCAUCUCCCUCACAUAGAGCUAUGCUUGGAUUGCCUGACAUAAGAGAGCAAAGACCCAAACACAGAAGCAACAAAAAUUUGCGUUUUUCUCAACAGCCUUGUGAUACUAGUAGCCAGAAAAGUGACAGUGGAAGGCUGCAAUUCAGAUCGAAGCACAUGACAUCUGAGGAAAUAGAGAGCAUUCUUAAGAUGCAACAUGCUGCCACACAUAGCAAUGAUCCAUAUAUAGAUGAUUACUAUCACCAGGCUAGUCUUGCGAAAAAGGCCUCUGGAUCAAGGUCAAAACAACCUUUCUGCCCAUCUCACCUAAGGGAGCUCCCUUCUCGAGCUCGUGGUAGUUCAGAUCAACAUUCUCAUCUUUCUGCUGAUGCGCUUGGAAGGCUUCCUCUCUCUUCUAUACGUAGGCCUCGUCCCCUUCUUGAAGUUGAUCCUCCAUUGACUGGUUCCGGUGAUGGCAGUUCUGAGCAAGUUUCUGAGAGGCCUUUGGAACAGGAACCAAUGCUUGCUGCUAGAAUAACCAUUGAAGAUGGCCUCUGUCUUCUUCUUGAUAUUGAUGAUAUUGAUCGUCUCCUGCAGUUUGGUCAGUCACAGGAUGGAGGUGUACAACUUAGGCGAAGGCGGCAAAUCCUGCUAGAAGGGAUGGCAGCAUCGAUUCAGCUUGUUGACCCACUUGGCAAAAACAGCCAUGCAGUGGGGUUAGCUCCGAAGGAUGAUCUUGUGUUCCUACGUUUAGUCUCUCUUCCGAAGGGCAGAAAGCUCCUUUCCAGGUUUCUGCAACUACUUUUCCCUGGUAGUGAGCUUGCCCGUAUUGUAUGUAUGGCUAUAUUCCGCCAUUUGAGGUUUUUGUUUGGUGGCCUUCCAUCUGAUCAAGGAGCAGCAGACACCACAACUAAUCUUGCAAAGACAGUGUCUGCAUGUGUGAAUGGCAUGGAUCUGCGUGCACUAAGUGCUUGUCUUGUUGCAGUUGUUUGUUCCACAGAGCAGCCACCACUCCGCCCCCUUGGAAGCCCUGCUGGGGAUGGAGCUGCAGUCAUUUUGAAGUCUGUUCUGGAAAGGGCAACUGAACUUUUGACUGAUCCACAUGCUGCUGGAGGCUGUAGUAUGCCUAAUCGUGCUCUCUGGCAGGCUUCCUUUGAUGAAUUUUUUGGCCUUCUUACUAAGUAUUGCUUGAGCAAAUACGAAACUAUAGUACAAUCAAUCUAUUCACAGACUCAGCCAAAUACAGAGGUUAUUAGUGCAGAGGCAGCAAAAGCAAUACACCGUGAAAUGCCUGUGGAGCUUCUACGGGCCAGUCUUCCUCACACUGAUGAGCAUCAGCGAAAACUUCUAUCAGAUUUUGCACAGCGAUCCAUGCCCAUUACUGGAUUCAGCACCCAUGGGAGUAGCGGUGGUCAGUUAAACUCUGAAUCAGUUAGGGGUUAAUUUGUCAGUAAACUAUUUGAAAUGUGACAGGUUUCAAUACAGCAUGGAGGGCCACCAGCGUCUCUUCAUUUGCUUUCACAAUGUCAAUGUGCUAAGAGUGGAAUGAAGCAGCAUUGGAGUGCAAUGGGUAUGCUCCUAUGUCGGAGUCAUUUUAACACUUCGACCUUUUAUCUUUUCUUCAGAUAUUUUAUUUGCAUAAGAGCAAAAAGAAAAAGAAAACUGUAAUUGUCGUUUUUAAUGAAUUUUAUAGUGAUAUGCAUAAAUGUGUAUUAUGAUGGAAACAAGUCAUGGGAGUUUGAAACUGGAAGAUGGGUUCUUCUGGGGAGCUUUAUUUUGGUGCUCUGUGUUGAACUCCAGCCAAAACUGGAAGCAUAGGGGAUAGUACAUGUACAGGGUAGUUUUUUUCAUAGAGCCUUCAAAACUCCUUUGUUCCUGCUCAUUUUCGAAGACGUUUAUUAUUUGUCUGGGAAGAUGUUACAAAUGGGCUAACCCUUUUGCUUCCUCUCUCUCUCUCUCUCUCUCUCUCUCUCUCUUCCCCUUUUAACUAGUUUCCCUGUACGGUGAACAAUGCUUCUACAGAUUCACCAUACAACCAAGGUAAAGUUGCAAUCUUGAUCAUCACUUAUUUUGUGACAGUGAAUGUUACAAAUUUAUUGUUAAGGAUAUGUUUAGUUCUCCA